UUUUUAUUAAAAAACAAGCCAGCAGCUGACGUCGGGUGUCGCGUUAUAAUGUCCCAAAAUACAAAUUGAAUGGCUUAAUAGCUGGUUAUAGAACCAAAGAAAGCAUCCUGUGAGAUUGUGUAAUACUCCCUGUCUAUCUAUUUGUCAAGUAUUUACUAACCCAAGAGUGCAAAUUCGUUAUCAAAACACACACAAAAGUCGUGCCGUGAAAGAGUCGUUUUUUAAGCAAAUUAUUAGUUUUUCUUCGUGACAGUUUGUUUAACCCAAUAUAAGUUUGUGAUUUCAUUGAAAAGUAUACGCAAAUAUUACUCGCAGACGUACCAUUUCAACACCCGAAAAGUUCUUUGUGCUGUGAACAAAUAUUUUAUCGACGUUUCAGUUUGCCAGAAACCAACACACAUACUCACACAUCUCUGCACGCGUGCAUUACACACACAAACACGUUCAUACAUAUGUAAGGGCGCUGAAGAUACAGAUACACGUGCGCUCAGCUGUGCCCCCCACCAAAUGUUGCCUGUUUCCAUUCAAGUCUGAUCCUGCACAAGAAGAGACUCUUUGAGACUGACACAACGACACACUGCAACGAGUAUAUGCAAUUGAUUCAUUCAACAGAACAUAAAUCGCUACGGAGAAUCCAUGGGUUCGCUGGGACAUCGCGCCUUGCUGCAGUUCAUCGAUAAUAAUGAUAUCUCCGGGCUGCGCGCGAUCCUUGACAGCCGGCACCUGAAUAUCGAUGACAGGGAUGAGAAUGCCACCACGGUGCUGAUGGUUGUUGCCGGACGGGGUCUGACAGCAUUUGUUCGCGAAUUUCUGGCACGUGGAGCCGAUGUGCAGGCCGAGGAUCUGGACAACUGGACAGCCCUGCUGUGUGCCUCCCGCAAUGGACACUUUGAUGUCGUUCAACUCCUACUGGAUCAUGGCGCUGAGGUCGAGCAUCGCGAUAUGGGUGGCUGGACGAGUCUGAUGUGGGCCGCCUAUCGGGGGCACACGGAAUUGGUGCGGCUGUUGCUGGAAAAGGGCGCCGAUGGCAAUGCGCAUGGCAAUUACCACUUGGGCGCCCUGCUCUGGGCAGCGGGACGUGGCUUCAAGGACAUUGUGGAGCUGUUGGUGCAGCGCGGUGCCAAGGUGAAUGUCGGCGACAAGUACGGCACGACGGCCCUCGUCUGGGCCUGUCGACGGGGCAACGUGGAGAUCGUGGACACUCUGCUGAAGGCCGGUGCCAAUGUGGACACCGCAGGCAUGUAUUCGUGGACGCCCCUGCUGGUGGCAGCCGCCGGCGGACACACGGACUGCGUGAGUUCCAUUCUGGAGAAGAAGCCGAAUGUGAAUGCUCUGGACAAGGAUGGAAUGACGGCCCUGUGCAUCGCCAGUCGUGAGGGAUUCCAGGAUAUUGCUGCCUCCCUUAUAGCAGCUGGCGCCUACAUCAAUAUCCAGGAUCGUGGGGCGGACACGCCGCUUAUUCACGCCGUCAAGGCUGGCCAUCGCACAGUUGCGGAGGCGCUGCUGAAGAAGCACGCGGAUGUGGAUAUUCAGGGCAAGGACCGCAAGACGGCUAUUUACACGGCCGUGGAAAAGGGUCACGUCCAGAUUGUGAAGCUGCUGCUAUCCACAAACCCCGACCUGGAGUCAUCAACCAAAGACGGCGACACACCACUCAUGCGGGCCGUGCGCAAUCGCAAUCUGGAGAUAGUCCACAUGCUGCUCGAUCGCAAGGCCAAGGUGACGGCCGCCGAUAAGCGCGGCGACACCUGCCUGCACAUAGCCAUGCGUGCGCGCAGCAAGGCGAUAGUCGAGGCGCUCCUGCGCAAUCCCAAGCACAGCCAGCUCCUGUAUAGGGCGAACAAGGCGGGCGAGACGCCCUACAACAUCGACACCCUGCACCAGAAGACGAUACUCGGCCAGGUGUUUGGCGCCAGGCGUCUCAACACCAACGAGGACUCCGAGGGCAUGCUGGGCUACGAGCUGUACUCCUCGGCCCUGGCGGAUGUGCUCAGCGAGCCCACACUGACGACGCCCAUCACCGUCGGACUGUACGCCAAGUGGGGCAGCGGCAAGAGUUUCCUGCUGAACAAACUGCGCGACGAGAUGAACAACUUUGCCAAGCAGUGGGCCGAGCCACCGGCCAAGACCAGCGGCCUUCUGUUCAUCGUCUGCCUGCACGUGGCGCUGCUCAUCGGCACCAUUGUGGGUCUGAGCACCUGGUCGACUGUUUGGGGCGUCUCCUCCGCCGCGGGCUUCAUGCUGGUGACCUACCUGCUGCUGGCAGCUGUGAAGUAUUGCAACUACCAGAUGGACAUGCUCUGGGCCUACUCCGUGCAGCAUGGCCUGGAGAAGAGGAUGACACGACUGCGCCUCAUCCUGCAGGUGGCCUUCUGCCAUCCGCCUGGCCCCCAGUCCGAUUCCCAGGCCAAGCCGGUGCGCUUUCACUUUGCGGAGGCGAACAGCGCAUCGCCGACAGGUGACGGUGCGGUGGCCCAUAUGCUGGCGGCCCUACUGGGGGCCAUGGAGUCGCACUACGGCUGGCUGGCCACCCGCCUGUAUCGUGCCUUCCGUCCCAAGUGCCUCAAGUCGGACGUGGGCUGGCGCUGGCGUCGCAUGUGCUGCAUUCCCAUCGUUAUGAUCUUCGAGCUGGCGCUGAUUACCCUGGUCACUGGCAUCUCCCUAAUGGUCGCCUACUUCACGUACGCCAAUGCCAAGGAGCGGGAACAGAUUCAAGUGGUGCUCUAUGUGGUCGCCGCCAUCCUGGGCACGCUCAUCUGCACGCACCUGCACGUCCUGGCCAAGGUAUGCGUCGCCCUCUUCACCUCCCACAUCCGACAGCUGAAGCGAGCGGUGCACUCCAGCGAAACGGCACCACUGACGAUGCUCGGGGCCGAGGUGUCGGUGAUGACGGACAUGGUCAAGUGCCUGGACUCUUUCACCAAUCAGCAGAGCCGCCUGGUCGGCGUCAUCGAUGCUCUGGACUCGUGCGACACCGAGCGCAUCCUCACCCUGCUGAACGCCGUCCAGACGCUGCUCUCCUCGCCGAACCGUCCGUUUGUGCUGCUCAUCUCGGUGGAUCCCCAUGUGAUUGCCAAGGCGGCGGAGGCCAAUAGCCGACGCCUGUUCACCGAGGGCGGCAUCGGGGGCCACGACUUCCUGCGGAAUCUGGUCCACCUGCCCGUCUACCUGCAGAACUCUGGACUGCGGAAGGUGCAGCGGGCACAGAUGACGGCGCUGCUGUUCAAGCGGAGCGGCGGUGGCGGUGAAUACCAGAACGAAGAUGGACCCACGCUGGGACACUCAGUGUCCGCGCGACGUUUGUCCAAUGCCUCGGAGAUCAUUUCCAGCCAGGAGAAGCUGCGUGGCCCGGCAAGGGCAGGCGGUGCAGGCAAAAAGCUGCGUCUCUCCGAGUCGGUGGCCAGCUCGACGGGCUCUAAUCUGCAUCGCCUGGGUCAGAAUCCCCAAGGUGUGCUCGAUCUCUCGCGGAUUGUGCUCACCGAUGACUACUUCAGUGAUGUGAAUCCGCGCAGCAUACGGCGUCUGAUGAACGUCAUCUACAUUACGGUGCGCCUGCUGAAGGCCUUCCAGAUUGACUUCAGCUGGUACCGCCUCAGCUCGUGGAUCAACCUGACGGAACAGUGGCCCCUGAGGGCCAGCAUGAUAGUGCUCCAUCACGACCAGUUCAUGGACACCAAUGCGGAUGAGAAUGUCUCCCUGCAGAGCGUAUACGAAAAACUGCGUCCCAAGCUUGGGUAUUUACGAGAGGCUGCACCGCUUCUGGAACUGGACAGGGACGAGCGGAAGCUGGAUGCUUUCCUGCAGCUACACAAAUCGGAUUUACUUGUGGCGGAUCUGCGCAUCUUUCUGCCCUUUACCAUCAAUCUGGAUCCGUAUUUAAGAAAGGUUCUAAAGGAGGAUCAGCAGACGAUUGAGGAUGAGGGCUCGCUUGUAAUCCAAACCAGGCCGAGCGUAUACAAUCAAAUGCGACAACAGCCAGCGCCCACGACGUAUGUGCCUUCGCCGCAGCCACACCCCUAUCCGCCCUAUCAAAUGUUCCAGAAUGAUUUUGUGCCCAACGAGAUGCGAUCGAGGAACCUCAGCUCCAGCACGGAGCCCGUAUCGCCGCUGAUUGCCUCGCCCAGUGAUUCCUUUGGCGAGGACAUACUGCAGACGAGGCUCACGGAUCUGACAGUGGAGGGUGUCAUCAGCCUGCUGGAGCGCAUUGAUGAUAUGAAGCCGGCCAUGCCGAAGCUGUCGCCAGUGCUACGUGAUAAUGCCAUCAAUGGUCGUGUGCUGAAGCACUGCGAUAUGCCAGAUCUCAAAUCGGUUUUGGGCCUGAGCUUUGGCCACUGGGAGCUGUUUCGCCUGCUGAUCACAACGCUGAGGGAAUGCGAGCGACAGCCGAGGAAGCAGAAUCGCCCGCAGCCGCAAGUACCCGCUGUGGAAGCGCCGCCAGUGAGUGCGCCCAUGAUCAAGGACGUGACUGAUGCUCUAAUGCCGCCACGCGAGUCCCUGUCGCGCAAGAACUCGGCCAGUCACAUGGAGAAGCAGUCGAAAGUGCACGACUACGAGUAUCUCCAGGUCACGCUGGAGGAGCAAAUGAUUUGCGGCACUUUGCAAACGCUUAAUGAGGAGGCAUACGAGGACGUGGCCAGCAGUGAGCGACCCAGUCCCACAGGUGAGAUGUUAGCUACAGCCUCACAACUGCAAUUGGCACCCAUACGCGAAUCCUCCGAGUUCGGCUCGCCCUGCGACGAGCUGAAGCUGACCAGCAUCCUGCAGCACCAUGCCAAGAGUCAGAACAACAACAACAACACGAAUGCGGUGCCGGGCUCGUAUUUGCAUGCUGAUUACAAUCGCAGCGCCAGCUCCCAUUCCCUCCAGAGUCUCGGCGGUAUGGCGGGCGCUGGGAACGAGCAUGACACACCCACGGGUUGUGGGCCUGCAAUGACGACUGCAUUGCUAACCUCAGCCUCGGCCAUGUACACGCAUCAGCAGCAACAUCAACAACAACAGCAGCAGCAGCCGCAGGUGCAGCCACCGGGUCGGGAUUCCAUACUGAAGCAGCAGGGCAGUGUCAAGGGUGACAAGCGCGUAUCGAUUCAACAAUCGACGAGCAACAGCAACAAUAACAACAACAAUGUAAAGUCUGCAACGAAUGUUGAAUAUAUCUCCGAGGGAGCUGGAAGUAAGGUGCGGCUAACCACAAAGCCACCAGCAGGACCCCGGCCCGCAUCGUUGAUAAUUACCAGGAACGAUUCCAACUCACAGUUCCAGCUGCUGCGCUCCUCCUCGGUGGACUAUGACGAUGUGGAGGCACAAGAGCGCAGGACUACGAUACGGACCACACUGCUGGAGCAACAGGAGGAGGAUGAAGCGGCACCGUUCGUGUUUACAGCGCGCAAAUGAUACAAUCUGAUAACAGCCGCCUAGUGGCAGCCAAUUUAGGUUUACGAACAGUCUUAAAUAAGCUAACUAACUAACUAGCUAAUAACUACCAAUUGAAGUUGGCUGGAACUCGAGUGUUGUGGUUCCCCAAAAAUAGAUGUACUCCUAGCAAAAGACAAGUUGCUUGCAAUAAUUAUUGUUAUAUUUGUGUGUCGUUUAUGUGUAUUUAUUAAUUGUAAUCUGAUGAGAAAAUAGUGAGAGAUUCUGCAUGUGGAAUGCAUCCAGUAAGAGUAGGCACUUCGAUGUUAAAUAUAUUUUUGGUUUCUCUAUGUA